CGCUAUCAGCACGGAUUCCGAGUCCGACGCUGAUCAAGUUCUCGGGGAAAGUGCGUGUGAUGAUGAUGAGGAGGAGGAGGAAGAGGAGGGUAUCAUCCAAAUGCGCUCGAGACGGGACAGUUUCGAUAACAAGAAUAGCGCCCGACUUCGGUCCACCUCAAAAGUAUCCACCUCAUCGUCCUCGUCCUCUGCUUCCUCUGCUUCCGCCUCAUCAAAUCAUAAAAACAUUCCUCCUAAUAUCCGCCGUCGAAGGCGAAGUGAUGGGCCAAAGAAUGUCUCCCUUCCCCGUAAAGGCUCGAUAUCCCUCGGUCGUAAUAGCUCGUCUACAGCACUAAGCUCUUCAGACAAGGAAAUGGUUUCUAUUGCACCUAUAGCACCUACAAUGCUCAAGACAGGCAGCCAGACUUCUUGGGAUGGGUUCGGUGUCCAUGGUGUACAAUCGCCUUAUGGCUUGCCUGCAUCCGGUGGUUGGUCAGAGGGUUUCGGAGACGAUUUUAGUGAUGAUGGUAGCAAUAUCCAUGUCGGUCCAGGGGGUGCAAAGUUAUAUAUCGGCUCAAGCAACAACGAGAGUGAAGGGAGUACACCUGUUGGACUGGUUUAUAUGCCACCAGCCACGACCAGGUAUGGGAACUCCAUAAUACCUCGCGUCAAUUCGAACACCAGCCUCAGUUCGGAAGCCGAGGUGGAGCUUCGGGAGGAUGCGAACCAGAAGGAUGCGGACAACGUACGCGGUGACAAAACUGUGGGGUCAGUAGAAGAAAGAACAUCAGAGAAUGGGGACAAGGUGUAUCGUCACCAUGAGGCAUAUUUCUCUAUCGGCUCAGAUAAGGAUGGUGUUCUGGGCGUGCGGUCAUCAUCUGUACCGAUCGUUGUACGAACUCCCGCUGUGAAUGUUCAUGGCAAUCGGGAAGAUGAUGAUGAUGACGUUGCUGAGGAGGAUGCUUACGAUUAUUUCGGAGGGCCUGACCUCGGGGAAGAUUUCGCACACCGAAAAACCAAGUUUUCGGCUAGACGUAAACCACAAAGGUCUAGCGAGGCCGUCUCGAGCCCGGUGACAAUCAAAGGCAAUAGCAAUGCUCAAGCGGUCGAUGAAGAACGUCAGUCGAGGUCACGAUCAAGAUCACGCUCACGUACCCCUUCACCCUCGUAUGUUUCCCAAUCAAGUACUCCUGCAAUUUCUGUCCCUGGACGAGCAGAGCACGUCUCAUCUCCUCCUCCUUCAUCAUCCUCUUUACUGUCACCUCCUCUACGUGGCCGUGAAUUCGUUCCCGCGGAGCAACCGUCUACCUCGCGCGGCAGAGCAAGCAGAACAUCAUCCUCCUUGCCAGAUCGAUCUCGGUCUCGCUCAAAUCACAGUUCUCCUCUAGGAAGUCUUUCCCCCGAAGGAAUUGGUUCUGCAUACAGUGCCAAUGGACGAGGCGGAGGUGACCGGGAACGAGAACGAGAACGGUCAAAUCGCAAUGGUGGACGAGGUAGAGAGCGAACGGAGAGACAUUUAAGCCAUAGUCUCAGUCCUGACGCGGUCGAGUGUGUCAGCUCCCUGGGCCCGGAUGCUGCAUCCAGCGUCUCCUCCUCAUCUUCUGGAUCUCAAACCGUCGUGCCUCAGUAUGAUCAUGCUGAUACUUUCGAAUCAUCAGUGGAUAAUCCUUCCGUUAAAGUACAAGUCCGUACGUCACAAUCUACUCCCACCAAUUCACCAGUUAUUAGUAUGAGUGGUGCUGCCCAUGCUAUAGCUCGAAUGAACGGCAAGUCGCCAAUAACUAUACCUGAUCCUCAUGUAUCAUCACCCCGUUUGACAUAUCCAUCGCAUUCCACUAGCGAGCCUUCAAACACCAACACUUCUUCCUCGCCUCCAGUAUCGCCUAAAGGUUCUACUUUAUCCGGUACCUCUAUUUCAACGAAAGAUUCUGAUAACGAUGACACAGGUGUUGUAGGCAAGGCAGUAGGCAUUGUCUCCUCUGCCGGCUCUUAUUUUAGCUUCUGGAACAAUGGUGCUGGUGUUUGAAUUACCGUAAUUUCUUUUUUUUGUUACAAUAUCGGUAAUUAACAUCGGUAAACCUUUUGCCCUCUAAUUAGCAUUUUCGCAAGCAUCAUAGUCUUCCUCUUUCCUUUGCAUCGUCACCUUUGUAGUUAGUUUCAUAUUUCAAUAUCUCAUAAUUCUUGUUGUGGUCUGCGGUCCAACAUGUACAUAGUUGCGUACAAGUAUUCCCAGUUAGUUCUCUUUCAUGUCUUGUAUGGGUGAGUA